AUGGGGACGUGGAAGCUGGUUGAACGCCCACCUGGGGUGAACAUCAUUAAGAACCAGUGGGUGCUCACGACCAAGUACCACAUCGACGACGCCUUCGAGCGCGAGAAGGCGAGGUUGGUCGUGAAGGGCUUCACGCAGGUGUAUGGCGCCGACUACGAUGAGACGCACACGCCGGUGAGCAGCUACGUCAGGCUGAGGAUCUUCCUUAGCAUUGUCGCCGUCCUCGACCUCAACCUGAUGCAGCUCGACAUGAAGAACGCCUUCCUGCAGAGAAAGCUUGACCGGGUGCUGUACAUGUCCCAGCCGGACUACUUCAACGACGGGACCGGCUGGGUGUGCAAGCUGCUGAAGAGCCUGUACGGGCUGAAGCAGUCGCCGCUGUUGUGGUACAAGGCUCUCGAUGACGUGCUGCUGAGUGCUGGCUCAAAGAAGAGCCAGGUCGACCAGGCGCUGUACUUCAAGGCGAGGAAGCUGUGGCUGCACCAGCAUGGCUACGCCAACAACCUGCGCAGGCGGUUCAUCGACGAGGAGCAAACUGGACGUACCCCAAAGACGCCGGUCUCGGUCGACGCCUACGCCGAGCUCACCUUCGAAGACGAGGAGGCACAGGAGCGCCAGUAG